GAAACAACACGUACAAUGUUACUGUUUAACAACGAAGAAAUCAACAGUUACGUAAUCGUGGUGUUCAUACAACGUUCAUAUCAGUCGAGUUGGUCCGAGUCAGACGAAAAGAUGGCUAAGAUUUUUCCGACAAGCUGCAGAAAUGUCAUUCGGCAGGUUCGUGGGUUGCAUGCAUCUGCAGCCCAGAACGCUGAAGCCAGAUUGAAAACCUUUACCAUUUAUCGCUGGAAUCCGGACAAGCCUGACGAGAAGCCGCAGAUGCAAGAUUAUAAAGUUGACCUGAACUCAUGCGGCCCUAUGGUUUUGGACGCGUUGAUUAAGAUUAAAAAUGAAGUUGACCCAACUUUGACUUUCCGUCGGUCGUGCAGAGAGGGUAUUUGUGGUUCCUGUGCAAUGAAUAUUGGUGGAACAAACACACUUGCCUGUAUUAGCAAAAUUGACAAGAACUUGACCCGGAACACUAAGAUCUACCCAUUGCCCCAUAUGUAUGUUGUGAAAGAUUUGGUACCAGACAUGAAUCAUUUCUACGCCCAGUACAGUAGCAUUCAACCUUGGCUACAACGUAAAGACGCUAAAAAAAGUGGUACGCAGCAAUACUUGCAGAGUGUUGACGAUCGUAAAAAGUUGGAUGGUCUGUACGAAUGCAUUUUAUGCGCCUGCUGCAGUACUUCUUGUCCGUCUUACUGGUGGAAUGGAGAUAAAUAUUUGGGACCUGCUGUGUUGAUGCAGGCUUACAGAUGGAUCAUUGACUCCAGAGAUGACUUGUCAAAAGAACGUCUUGAGAAACUUAGAGAUCCAUUUUCCGUGUAUCGUUGUCAUACGAUCAUGAACUGUAGCCGUACUUGCCCAAAGGGACUUAAUCCUGGGAAAGCAAUCGCAGAAAUAAAGAAGUUGUUGGCUGGUGUCAUAGAAAAAGGUCAACCUGGUCUGAACACGACUGCGCUACACAACUGAGUAUUAUUGGUAGGCAAUAGUCAAAUUCACAAGCAAAGUGAUAUUUAUUUGACGCUGUAUUCUUGUGUAUAGAAUAAUAAAUGUAUAAAUUACUUAUACUUACACUAUAAAAUGUGUAAGUAUAGCUAUUUAUACGUGUGUACAAAACUUCCGAUGCACUUUUGAAUCUCUACCAAGUAUGAGUUAUGAAUUAUAGAUAUUUAAAAAUUUACGUUUUUUUUUUUUGGGGUUUUAGUAUUUACAGAAAAGAAUUCUAUCGGGGUGACAGUAAAAAUAUCGAUAUCAAUUUGUAAUAUCGACACGAAAUUUGAGAUUGAUGACACGAGGAAGAGUUAGUCUAGAAUAAUCUAACUGUAUGUGAGAUUCAAAGAUUGUAAUUUAUUAUUCGAAAUAUAACAUUCUUGUAAGAUA